AUGGCGUCGCGGCAGAGCCUGGAAUCAAUUUUUCUCCUCGGCUCAAGAAGGGCCAAAAUCAUCUGGAAGCCGCAAUCCUCACCUCAACAUCAUCCAGCCUGCCUCUUCCGAAUGGCUUCUACGUGGUCAAAACUAGCUGGCUCAUUAGGACGGCUCAGACAAGGGCAAAAGCCACCCGAGGAGCCGCGGUCGUUCCCGACCUCGAGUUUUAGCCUUAUAGAUCAAGGUCAAAAGGUGGAAGAAGAAGAAUUGCCCGACUACAUCGCUGACCGGUUCUAUCCUGUUCGUCUGGGUGAAGUGUUUCAAGGCCGAUACCAGACCAUUGCCAAACUGGGAUUUGGUAGCUCAUCUACCAUCUGGCUGGCUCGAGAUUUAAGCGAUCACCGAUAUGUGGCUCUCAAGGUGUACGUUCACACCUCUCGCUUUCAUCGAGAACUGCCUCUGUACAAAGACAAAGACAUGAGCCCGAAGCUUGCAACGACAGAGAACCCUGGCCGGAAGAACAUUCGGCAAUUGCUAGACUCUUUCGAGGUUGACGGACCACACGGUCAACACGUCGCACUGGUCUUCCAGCCUGCCCAGAUGAGUCUUCGAGACAUGAAACUUGUUUUCCGGAAAGACGGUGGCUUUGACGAGAUGUUUGUAAAGGGAGCUGUGGAGGAGCUACUAAAGGCUCUUGACUUUCUCCAUAGUGAGGCUCAUGUGGUUCAUACAGAUAUUCACCCUAGAAACCUACUCCUAGGCCUAAAUGAUGACUCAAUGCUUCGCCCACUAGAAGACCAAGAAUUUUCAUCCCCGGCAUGGGACCUGCUUGGACCAAAACGGCUUUUCACCGCAAAAGACGAGGAUGGUGAUAUGUAUGAUGCGGCACAUCUAGCAGAGUUAAUCGCAACUCUGGGACUGCCCCCCUUGGAAUUUUUACGACGAAACUCUGAGAGAGCAGCUGAUUUCUGGAACGAGAACGGAGACUGGCUGGGCCUGGCACCUAUUCCCCCUAAUCGAACAUUGGAGGAGCUCGAAAUAAGACUUAAAGAUCCGUCGCGCUUCAUUGCAUUUCUUCGGAGAGUGUUGACCUGGCUUCCCGAGGAGAGACCAACGGCGAAGGAAUUGCUUCAAGAUCCGUGGCUAAGGGGGUAA